GCAUUGAUAAAAAUAUCGCUACCAGAUGUGUGAGCAAAGAAUUACCACCAAAAGAAGACAUUAAUAAUGGAGAAUUACUCCAAACAUUAAUUUUGGAAAGACACAUUAGUCAUGAGUUUGAUGAUUUUGGUGUGAGAAAAAUCAAAGAUAUGAACAAAUUUGAGACUCAGUGCCUUUAUCAAGAAAAAAAUUAUGAAGAAGACACUGCAACCCAUCACAAAAAUCUUGCCUAUAGAAAACAUCAACGACAUCAUAAAUUCUGUAAUCAUUUUCCUGUAAAGCACAGUGUUUCCAUAGGAAGAAAUAUAUCUGAAUAUUACAAACAUGAUACGGUAAGUAAGGCACUAAAAAACAAGGUAGACUGUUCAGGAAGCAAGUACAAAAACUGUUUAGACAAUACGCUGAGAAUAAGCUUUCAUUCACAUCUGGCUGAACUGCAGAGAUUUCAAACCCAAGAGGAAAUUCACGAAAGUAAUCAAGUUGAGAAGUCUACCAAAAAGAUUUCAGUUUCACUUCAAAGAAUUCCUUCUAGUGUCAAAACUAACAUUUUUAAUAAAUAUGGGAAGGUUCUUAUGCAUCCUUCAUUAUGGACACAACACCAGAAAACACCCAAUAGAGAAAAACCUUACAAAUGUAAUGAGUGUGGGAAGGCUUUUAGCCAUUGCUCAACCUUAGCUAAUCAUCAAAGAAUUCAUUCUGAGCAGAAAUCUUACAAAGGUAAUGAGUGUGGCAAAGCCUUUAAGAGGUUCUCAAACCUCACGAGGUAUCAGAGAAUCCAUACCGGAGAGAAAACAUAUAAAUGUAAUGUGUGUGGUAAAGAUUUUGCCACAUGGUCACAUCUCUGGGGUCAUGAGCGAAUUCAUACAGGAGAGAAGCCUUACAAAUGUAAUGAGUGUGGCAAAGCCUUUUCUGAUGGUUCAUAUCUUGCUCAACAUAAGAAUUUCCAUUCUGGACAGAAACCUUACAAAUGUAAUCAGUGUGGCAAGGAUUUUGCCACACGUUCACACCUUUGUAUUCAUAAGAGAAUUCAUACUGGAGAGAAACCAUUUAGAUGUAAUGUAUGUGGUAAGAAUUUUAUGAUACCUUCACAGCUUUGGGGUCAUGAGCGAAUUCAUACUGGAGAGAAGCCUUACAAAUGUAGUGAGUGUGGCAAAGCCUUUUCUAGUGGUUCAAAUCUUGCUCAACAUAAGAGAAUCCAUUCUGGAGAGAAACCUUACAAAUGUAAUCAGUGUGGUAAGGAUUUUACCACACGGUCAUACCUUUGGAGUCAUGAGAGAAUUCAUACUGGAGAGAAACCUUACAAAUGUAAUGAGUGUGGCAAGGCCUUUAUCAGGAGUUCAAAUCUUACUCAACAUAAGAGAGUUCAUGAUGGAGAGAAACCCUAUAAAUGUAAUGUAUGUGACAAGGCCUUUAGUCAGAAUGCAAGCCUUACUGUUCACCAAAGAAUUCAUACUGGGGAGAAACCUUAUAAAUGUCAUGAAUGUGGCAAAGCCUUUAAGCACUACUCAAGCAUCAAUAAACACCAUAAUACACAUAAAGUGAAGAUACAAAUGUAAAGUGUGGGGUAAGACUAUUAUUAAAUGUUUACACCUUUGGAGUCAUGAGAGAAUCCUUACAAAUGUCAUGAAUGUGGCAAAUCCUUUAAGCACUGUUCAAGCCUGAGUAGACACCAGAAUAUACAUAGAGUGAAGAUAGAGAUAUAAAGCCUGUGGUAAGGCUUUUAUUAAAUGUUCUCACCUUUGGAGUCAUAACGGAAUUCAUACUGCAAAGAAAUCUCACCGAAGAACGUAGCACAGAUUUCAUGCCAUAGCCUGGCCUCAGGAUUCACCAACGAUUUCAUGUUGGAGAAAACCCUACAAAUACAAUGAGUGCUGGUACAUUGUUUAAGCAGGUUUCACAAUGUACAAUGCAUCAGAGAAUUCUAGUAGUAUUAACUAAGUCUAAUUCUUGAAGAUUAAUCAAAUGAAAUGUCAAACUCUGCAGGAAAAUUAAAAGUCAAAAUGUUUUGGGGCGCCUGGUUGGCUCAGUCGUUAAGCGUCUGCCUUCGGCUCGGGGCAUGAUCCCAGAACGCCGGGAUCACGCCCUGAGCCAAAGGCAGACGCUUUAACCGCUAUGCCACCCAGGCGCCCCUAUUUUCUAUUUCUUGAUGAGAUUACUUGAUUAUGGACUUUGGACUUGUGGUUGAAGACCUUUCAUGAAUUGCCACAAGUGUCUAUGAUGGUCCCUUUUGUUUUGGCCCUAAUGUAAAUGGUAUUUUGUUUUUAAUUUUUAAUUCACUUGUUUAUUUCUGGUAUCUAGGAAGGCAUUUAAAUUUGAUCAUUAACCUUGUAUCCUGCCUUGCUAUAAUAUCAUAUUGUGUUUUAUCUACCAUACUUUGGGGCUUCAUAAUAUUGUUCAGUGCUGUGAUGACAGGUACCUGUGUUUUGUUCCUGGAAUAAAAAGAAAGGACUCUC